AUGCCUCGUGGUCAUAAGAGUAAGCUCCGUGCCCGAGAGAAACGUCACCAGGCCCGACUUAAAGCCCAGCUUGAGGCCAGAGGUGACGACCAUGGUCUUGAGGGUGCCCAGGACACUGCAGCAGAGGAGGAAGGGUCUCCCCACUCCUCUUCUCCCUUUGGGAGUUCUUCCCAGAGCUCCUCAGCUGCUGGCUUUCCCCAGGGGCCUGAGAUUGUCCCAUCAACCACCACUGAUGCUGAUGGUGUGUCCUGCACAACUGCUGCUGAAGGUGCAGAGGGCCAAGUGGAGUUAAAUGCAAGUUCCUCUGUGGCCCCUCCCCCCACUGAGAAAUCACACAGAGACCCUCUCAGCAGGAGUGUGCUCAGGUUGUUGCAGUUUCUGCUGCAGGAGUAUAAAAACAGAGAGCUCAUUUUAAAGGCAGAAAUGAUGAAGGUCAUCAACAAAAAGUUCAAGGGGCAAUUCCCAGAGAUCCUGAGGAGAGCCUGUGAGCACAUUGAGGUAGUCUUUGGCCUCAGCCUGAAGGAAAUUGACUCCAAAGGUCAGUUCUAUGCCAUUGUCAGCAAUUUGGAGAUCAGCCAGGAAGAGAAUCUAUUUGGUGUCAGGGCUUAUCCCAGGAAUGGCCUCUUGACGCCUCUCCUGGCCUUGAUCUACAUGAAUGGCAACCGGGUCACUGAGGAGAAAAUUUGGGAAUUCCUGAAUGUUUUGGAUAUCUAUGAUGGGAAGUGGCAUUUAGUCUUUGGGGAUCCAAGGAAGCUCAUCACCAAAGAUUUGGUGCAGGAAAAGUACUUGGAGUACCAGCAGGUGCCCAACAGUGAUCCUCCACGCUAUGAAUUCCUU